AUGGGCAGUUCUUUUAGACGGCUACACUUUUCUGAAUUACAAUGUUGUACGGGUAAAAAGUCAAUAAUAGUCAAUAAUCAUCACCAAUUACAAAAUAGAUCACGUAUUGCCAGACGUGUUCUGGAAACAUCGCGUCAGCCCACUCUUCAUCAAUUAGAUAAUGACAAACAACGAAAACAACCACGUAUGAAAACUAAAAGUCAAGUUCACGCUCAGUCACAACGACCACCUCUACUACCAUCCCCACAACCAAAAUCAAAAUCAAACAAACCAUCAGUACUACAGCGUGUAUUUUCCAGACGAAAGGGUGUGCCUGAUGCUGAUUAUUUCAUUGAAAAACAUAAAUUAGAAAAUAAAAUUUUAGAUUGGUUAAAUACAUCAAAAGAUCAUGUUUUACAUUGGGAAUCGCCGACAAUGAUUCAUACGGCUGAAACCAAUCCAGAUGAACCUAAAAGAAUUUAUAACAAAACCGAAGUGAAACAACGUCUUGCACAAUUGAGACGUAACAGUGGUCAUGAACAAGAUAACUUAUUAUCAACACGUUAUCUUCUGCAACAGAAUUACCAGCCAAAACAAGAUGUGACUAAAAAUGCCUCUCUGUUAACAUUGCAAGCAACUUCUGAAGAAACGUAG